AUGGCCGCCCCUCGCUACGCCUACAUCAUCUCAAAGAACCUCGACCCAGCCUUUGCCUUGUUCAUUGGAGCAUCUGCAGCCGUUGUUCGCAUCAACCGCGACGAAAAGGAGAAGGGCCAUACAACACAAGAAACGAUCGACUCGCUCAAGAGAAGACUUGGAAAAGCUACCGGCAUGAGUUCAUGA